AUGGGCGACGGUAAACGAGACGUCAAGAACCACCUUCUCUUCGAAAUCGCAACCGAAGUUGCGAACAGAGUCGGCGGUAUCUACUCUGUGAUCAAAUCGAAAGCGCCCAUUACCACCCACGAGUAUGGAGCCAGAUACAACUUGAUUGGUCCUCUAAACAAGCUUUCGGCUGCUGUCGAGGUUGAAGCUUUGGAUCCUCCUCCAGGACCUCUCGCCGAUACUCUCAGGUCUAUGGGAGAGAGAGGAGUUGGAUGGGUCUACGGAAGAUGGCUCAUUGAUGGUGCUCCAAGAGUGAUUCUCUUCGAUACCGGAACAGCUUACCACUAUUUGGAUGAGUGGAAAACAGACCUGUGGUCGACCGCUGGAAUCCCCAGCCCUCCUGGAGACCACGAGACAAACGAAGCAGUUGUUUUCGGAUAUUUGGUUGCAUGGUUUUUGGGAGAGUUCGUUGUUCACGAGAAGAGUCGUGCUGUUGUCGCCCACUUCCACGAGUGGCUUGCAGGUGUGGGUAUCCCUCUCUGCAAACACCGAAGAAUCGAUGUCACCACAAUCUUCACAACCCACGCCACACUGCUCGGAAGAUACCUCUGCGCCGGUUCAGUGGACUUCUACAACAACUUGCAAUAUUUCGACGUCGAUGCGGAAGCUGGAAAACGUGGUAUCUAUCACCGGUACUGCGUAGAACGCGCUGCCGCCCAUUGUGCUGAUGUAUUCACCACCGUUUCCCACAUCACUGCCUACGAGAGCGAGCACUUGCUCAAGCGUAAGCCCGAUGGCGUCUUGCCAAACGGUCUCAACGUUGUCAAGUUCUCGGCUAUGCACGAGUUCCAGAAUUUACACGCUCAGUCGAAGGAAAAGAUUCAUGACUUCAUUCGUGGACAUUUCUAUGGCCACAAUGACUUUGAUCUUGAGAAUACUCUCUACUUCUUCAUUGCCGGAAGAUACGAAUACAGGAAUAAAGGUGUCGACAUGUUCAUUGAGUCGCUAGCUCGUCUGAACCACAAGAUGAAGACCUCGGGAUCUAAGAUGACCGUUGUCGCUUUCAUCAUUAUGCCAGCCCAGACAUCAUCGCUGACAGUCGAAGCCCUCAAGGGUCAAGCUGUCAUUAAGGCCCUACGAGAUACCGUCCAUGUUAUUGAACAGGGUAUUGGUAGACGGCUAUUCGACCGCGCCUUGAAGUGGCAUGAGGGUAAUGAGCUUCCAGAUGAGGCACAGCUGAUGAGUUCGCAAGAAAAGAUCAUGCUCAAGCGAAGAGUAUUCGCCCUCAAGCGAAACUCGCUGCCACCAAUUGUUACCCACAACAUGGCAGACGACUCCACAGAUCCAAUUCUUAACCAGAUCAGACGAGUUCAGCUUUUCAACCACCCGUCUGAUCGUGUCAAGAUUAUCUUCCACCCAGAAUUCUUGAACGCCUCCAACCCCGUCCUCCCCCUCGAUUACGACGACUUCGUGCGAGGAACCCAUUUGGGUGUCUUCUCGUCUUACUACGAGCCAUGGGGUUACACACCCGCAGAAUGUACCGUCAUGGGUGUUCCAUCCAUCACCACGAACUUGUCGGGUUUCGGUUGCUACAUGGAAGAACUCAUCGAGAACGCCGCCGACUAUGGUAUUUACAUUGUCGAUCGUCGCGGAAAGGGUGUUGAUGACAGUGUCAACCAGUUGAUGGAGUUCAUGUACGAUUUCACAACUAAGACACGAAGACAACGUAUCAACCAGCGUAAUCGUACUGAGCGUUUGAGCGAUCUGCUCGACUGGAAGAGAAUGGGAUUGGAGUACGUCAAGGCUCGACAGUUGGCAUUGAGACGAGCAUACCCACAGGCAUUCGACCAGAUGCAGAGCGAGAUUGGAUUCUUCGAUGGUACUGAAACUAAGGUUUCAAGACCAUUGUCUGCACCUGGAAGUCCAAGGGAUAGGUCCGGUAUGAUGACACCUGGAGACUUUGGAUCCCUACAAGAAGGCAAGGAGUUGUUGAAUACAGAGGAUUAUAUCAACUGGAAACUUCCAGAGGAGGAAGAUCCAGAUGAGUAUCAUUUCCCAUUGACCCUGCGAUCCCCAAAGCGAAGAGACAUUAAUGGCACUGGUACUGAGGCUACAAAUGGAAACUAA